UUCAAGUACCCGUAUGUACUCUGAGCGCUCUGUCCCGGUACUCAGUGGAAACAUGUCGGGGAGGAGACAGCCAAGUGGAGGGACUGCCUUGUGUCGGAGUACCUGAGACGUAAACGUUAACCUGUACGGUGCUACGGUGCUAUUUAACGGAAGCAGCGGGCUAGACGGUUAAAGAGCAACACAGCCGGGGAUUGAGCAGGGAGGUAUCCGACUAGCAGGCGGCCUGGCCGGGUAGAGAGGGGGGAGAAGAGGGGGGACAGAGGGUGCGUACUCAAAACAAGACGGGGUCGCUGCUCGGAAGGGGAUGUUAUCCGUACUGUCUUAUGGCAGACUGGUAGCCAGGGCUGUCCUGGGCGGACUCUCUCAGACGGACAGCCGGGACUACAGCCUCAUCACAGCCAGCUGCGGCUUCGGGAAAGACUUCAGGAAGGGGAUCCUGAAGAAAGGGAUGUGCUACGGGGACGAUGCCUGCUUCAUCGCGAGGAACAAGAACGCGGAUGUUUUGGGUGUUGCAGAUGGUGUAGGUGGUUGGCGUGACUACGGCGUCGAUCCGUCUCAGUUCUCCACCACAUUAAUGAGAACCUGUGAACGACUGGUGAAGGAGGGACGCUUCACUCCCAGUCACCCAGUGGGCAUCCUGACAUCUGGAUACUACGAGCUUCUACAGAACAAAGUCCCCCUGCUAGGGAGCAGCACAGCCUGUAUCGUGAUUCUGGAUCGACGGAGUCACCAGCUACACACGUGCAACCUCGGUGACUCAGGCUUCCUGGUGGUUCGGGAAGGAGAGGUGGUUCAUCGCUCAGACGAGCAGCAGCACUAUUUUAACACGCCCUUCCAACUGUCCAUCGCUCCUCCUGGCGCUGAAGGGGUGGUGCUCAGUGACAGUCCCGACGCAGCUGACAGCUCUUCCUUCGACGUACAGCUCGGUGACAUCAUCCUGACGGCAACGGACGGCCUGUUUGACAACAUGCCAGACUACAUGAUUCUACAGGAGCUCAAAAAACUCAAGACUUCCAACUAUGACAGCAUCCUGCAGACUGCACAGAGCAUUGCAAAGCAAGCUCACGACCUUGCCUACGACCCCAAUUAUAUGUCUCCUUUUGCACAGUUUGCCUGUGACAAUGGUCUGAAUGUAAGAGGAGGGAAGCCAGAUGAUAUCACGGUGCUGCUGUCCAUUGUGGCUGAAUAUACAGACUGAAAGUGUGUGUCUGAGAGUGUGUGUGUGCGCACUUCUCUGGGGCUGAUCCUCCCUUCCUGUCUGCCUGAGUCUUCCACCUGCAGCCCUCCCAAAAAUGCACUGCAUCAUGCGGGCUGACAGGGGAGGCCCAACAUCACGACACACACCACUCGCUGCGGGGCCGACGUCCAGCCGUGAACUUGUUUGUUAUUUUCCUCUGUUUUUGUUUUGGUGCUUGAACGGUUGAGGGGAAGCAGGCAGCUAGGACAUUUCAUGUAGACCAUGAUGCAGGAGGAGCAGAGUACGACGGGCUGAGGGAUGCCUUUCAGUCAUGUUGUGUGGCAUAAACAUUUUUUAGGAGAUGUGACUGAGAGGCUUUAAAACCUGGUAGCCCUUGUGUAAAAAAAGUGAUCUUAUAAGAGGAGUAGGCACAGGUUUCAGAUUCUUGGGAGAAUAGUGAUUGGGUUGACUGUUGAACACUGCUAGCUGCCUCUGUUGUUCCAGUUUUUAAUCUGUUCUUUGUUGUAAAUGUGUUUGAACAAAGCAUAUAGAUGGACUGGGGAAGCUGAAGCUGGGAAUGGAUGGGAGUUAUUAGAUUAUGGGAUUUUAAAGAGUUGGGUUUCAGUGUCUUGGGUUUCGGAAUAUGAACGAUGGUAGAGCCAACUAGUAAUUGCUUGUAUCAAAGAAACCUGCAAAAGGAAUCCAUAACGCUUACAUGUGAACGUUGAAACGUUUUUGUCACUUGGCUGUGGAUCUGUCGAUACGCACAUCCUGAUAAGUUGUAAAUAUUUUUGUGUUUUUAGGGCUCGGUUCUGGCCUUUCUGUUGUCUUUGCUUUGGGUGUUAAAGCAAAAAGCCAUUUCGUUACUAUUCUAAAUAAUGUACACAUGCAUUCAUAAAUAUAUUUUUCUUUUAUUGAUGUUAAUCUUGAAGUGAGUUUUAUCAAUCCUACACUUCCACUUGCUGAAAUGAACAAGAAGAGCGAUUGAUUGCUGCAGCAGUUGUGUGGCAGGAAGGAUGGUGAAGUGUGUGCGUGAGGUAUACAUGUGAAUAGUCGUUAUGGGAAUGUGCAGCGUAUUUUGAUGUUAAUAUGUGUUGUCACACAAAGCUAAAGCUAGCAUCUGGGAAUGCUUACAAUUGCAACGAUAGGUCAGGCACGAGUUUAAAGGAAAAGAUGUAUUUUUUUAAUGUUAUUUAGUUUUAAAAGCAAGAGUUUAAAGUGUUUGCUGACAUGGAAAAUGUGUGACGGAUGACAGAUCCAGCUAUCUUAAUGAGAAUCAGGUGUGUGUGUGUCAAUUUUUUUUAUUAAGCUCCUUAUUUCCCUUUACAUUUGUUCGCUGCUUGUCUUUUGUAAUUCAGAUGUCUGUAUAUGAAGUGACAUGAUUCGUAUGAACAUGGUCACCAUGAUUGUAACGAGUGUGUGUUUGUGUAUGUAAAUUUGUGUGCUGCAUCACAUCUCAUUAAUCAAAGACACUGAUGAUACUGUUCUGCUCAUGAUAGUCUGUCCCUUUGUCUAACAGCUCACCCCAGUGGUUUGGACAAUGUCUUUACAGUUUAAAAGCAGGUGCACCAAAGACGCAUUUUCUUUGUGUAUGUCAUACACAACGCUUUGUUGUUACAAACAUCAUACAGCAAUACUGUAAAUUCUUUGUGCGCUGAAUCUUGUGUGAUGGCCAGAGGUGUGGAUGAAAAUGUUCAGAGGGCCAUUCAAUUUUCUUUUCUAUGCCUCAAGUUGUUUUAUCAGAGCAAAAGCUGUAAUAUAUUGUUGGGUUUAAGUUAUUGUGACUGGUUGCAACAAAGUAAUAGGCAGGUUUUUGAAACCAAAGAAGGAAAGCCAUAUAUACACAUAAUGGACAUUAUUAUUAUUAUUAUUAGAAUAUUAACUGUCCUACUGUCUGCACUGUUCAUUUUGCAUGGUUUCUGUCUCAGCUAUUGGCACCAUUUACAAUGUUAUUUUUACACCAUCGUCAUCUGUUCUUGUGUAGGUGGCUUAUAAAUGGUGUAUAAAGGUUCUGAACUUGUAUUUACUUCAGAGAUGUCCCUAUAUUUGACAGUGAUGUAACCAAUAUGCAGAAGGAGGGGUGGUGAGAUGGGUAACGGUGCUGUGAACUAACGGUAUGAGGGUGAGCACAGUUUCAGCCUUAACAAAUAGCUAGACCUGUAAUCAAGAGGCCUUUCCUGUCAAUGCAAGCUUGUGAUUGUCUCGUCUCGGUCGUGUUGCCCAGUGUUUGAUGUAAAUGAAAGUCUGCCCCCGUCUUUCUCUCCUGUGAAAUUGUAUUCAAAGGUGCUUCUGCAGCCUGUAUGGUAUGAUUGUCCUCUUUUCAGCAAGCGAUGUUUGUGUGUAUGAAAGAUACACCUAUGUCUACAGUGUAACAAUGCAGGUCUAAUUUAUGUAAAUAUGUUUUCAAAUAUGUACAAUAUUUAAAUAAAGA